AUGAAAAGAGGUGUUUCUUCGGAAAAUCAUGGUGAAAAUGAGGUAACUGAAGGAGUUCAAGAUAUAGGUGAGUCUGGUGAGAACGAAAAUGAGGUAGCGGAAAGAGUUGAAGAUAUAGGUGAAACUGAAAAUGAGGUAGCCGAAGGAGUUGAAGGUAUAGGUGAACAUGAAAAUGAAUCAAAUGAUCAAACAGAAAAUAUGGAAGAAACAAAUGUGCUUGAAAGUGAGAAUAUUGAAAUAAAUCGUGUGAGUGAACCUUUAGAAGCUAUGUUGGCAUCAAGUGUCAAGAGUGCGAUUAUAAAGAAGAUUAAAGAGGCUAAAUAUUUUUCUGUGAUUCUUGAUUGCACCCCUGAUGCUAGUCACAAAGAGCAAAUGACUUUGAUAAUAAGAUGUGUAGAUGUUGCAAGCUGCCCAAUAAAAGUAGAAGAGUAUUUUUUGGAGUUUUUAAAUGUAGAAGAUACAUCGGGUUUGGGUCUUUUUAAUGAACUACAAGCUGCUCUAAGUUCUCUUGAUUUAGAUAUUGAUGAUUUGAGGGGACAAGGUUAUGAUAAUGGUUCCAAUAUGAGAGGAAAACACCAAGGUGUCCAGAAAAGGUUACUUGACAUAAAUCCUAGAGCUUUUUAUAUGCCAUGCGGUUGUCACUCUCUUAAUUUAGUACUUUGUGAUAUGGCAAACUCUUGUGUAAAAGGAAAAUCAUUUUUUGGAGCAUGUCAGGCCAUUUACAAUGUGUUUGCUAAUUCAACAAAGCGAUGGAACCUUUUACUUGAAUAUGUAGAUGAAUUAACAUUGAAAUCUUUGUCGGCUACACGGUGGGAAAGUCGUAUUGAAAGUGUGAAAGCAAUAAAAUCUCAAUUUCCCAAAAUAAAAGAAGCUUUAAUCAAACUUGCUGAAAUUGGUGAUGCAUAUGAUAAUCAUUUGAGUUGGGAAGUUGGGAAAUUAUUAGAUGGUGAAUUUUCAAGUUUUGAUUUCAUUUUAAGUCUGGUUAUAUGGCAUGAUAUUUUGCACAAAAUAAACAUGGUGAGCAAAAAUUUGCAGGCUAAAGAUAUGAUUCUUGAUGUUGCUAAUAAAAGUUUAAAAGGGUUGAUUUCAUUUUUUGAAAAAUAUAGAGAAAAUGGAUUUAAUUCUACUAUAAUUGAUGCUAAAGAAAUUGCAAAUGAAAUGGGAAUUGAGCCUGUAUUUCCUGUGAAGCGUAGGGUUAAAAGAAAGAGACAUUUUGAUGAGAUUCAUGAUACAGAUAGAGAACAACAAUCAGCUCAAGAAGAUUUUAGAACUGAUUACUUUCUUGUCUUAGUUGAUAUGGCUAUUUCUCAAUUGAAGAGUAGAUUUGAACAAAUGGAAAGUUUUGAAUCUGUAUUUGGCUUCUUAUUUGAUGCAUCACAGUUGGUUUCAUUGGAUGACGAAGAAAUGAAAAAUUGUUGCUUGAAACUUGAACUUGCUUUGAAACAUGGUGAGGUGUCUGAUAUUGAUGCAAAAUAUUUGCUUUCUGAGUUACAAGUAUUGCAGGAAAUGCUACCAAAUGAAGCAUAUGAAACAGGAAACCCAUGGAAUUCCAUUAAAAUUAUGGAGUUUGCAAAAAAAAUGGAUAUGUUUCCAAAUAUUUUAGUUGCUUAUAGGAUUUUAUUGACUAUACCUGUUACAGUGGCAUCUGCAGAAAGAAGUUUUUCAAAAUUAAAGUUAUUAAAAUCUUAUUUGCGGACAACAAUGACUCAAGAUAGGUUGAAUGGUUUAGCAAUCUUGAGUAUUGAAAAGAAUAUGUUGAAAAAUAUUGAGCUUGAGCACAUAAUUGAUGAUUUUGCUUCUAAAAGUGCAAGAAGAAAUCAUUUUAGAUGA